ACUAAAGCUCAUUUUGGUUUCUAAACUUGUCGAUUUUUUUUCUUAAUAAUGCCACAAAUUUCAUACAUAAUCAUAUAUUAAUUUGCCUUUAACAAAUUAAAAAUUUCUAGUAUUUUUACCAAAGUAUCAGCUUAUAAGUUACAUAUAGAACUUUUGUAAACUUAAUAAUCAAUAUUGUAACAUAAUAAAAAUGAUUUUGACUAUCGAAAUUUUUCGACGAAAUCGUAAAUUUACAAUUCUGCUCGACCUUGGACCUCUCACGUGACGUAAUUAAUCUAGAUAUAUCGUAAAUACUCUCAUCAUUAUCAAGACUUGUACGUAACAGUCACGAUGCACUAACAAAUGUUUAUCUAGGGGUAUAAAUCAAACCGGGAUGGAUAACAUAAAAGGGAAAUCUUUGUCUUCUUUAGAUCACAAUUUUCGUACGUAUCUUUGGUUCCUCGAGUGCCAAAAGCACACUACUGAUGAGGAGGAGGACUCUUUCCAGCAAUAAAGGAAUGGACAUUAAAUUAGAAAAGAAAUUAACUAAUUACGAUUACAACCAGCCUAGCGAUGAAUUGGAUUAUAAAGAAAGAGACUGGAUUCCUGCUCGUUACGUGCUCACCCUUCUUACUUUCUUUGGUCUGGGUUUGCAGUAUACGCAGAGAGUCUGCUUGAAUCUGACCAUAGUUGCUAUGGUCAAUAGCACCGCCAUAGAAGCCAACGAAAACGACACUACCGACGACGAAUGCCCCAUACACUUCUCAAAUACUACAACGGUCCAUUAUGAGGGGAAAUUUCUAUGGAGUCCUUCCAUACAAGGUGUGAUUUUGGGAGCUUUUUAUUACGGUUACAUCUGCACUCCCUUGCUAGGAGGAAGGCUAUCGGAAAUCGUAGGAGCUAAAUGGCUUUUGGGCACGGGUAUUUUAUGCACCUCCAUCUUGACUCUAGUAACUCCUUUAGUGGCUCAUUGGGGGAUCGUCGCUAUGGUCAUAGUCAGAGUUUUGAUAGGAUUAGGACAGGGAGUUAAUUCCGCUUCCAUGUACGCCAUGUUCUCGCGAUGGGCACCACCGGAAGAGAGGAGCAGAAUGCUAUCUAUAUGUACCAUUGGUCAGCACGUUGGAACCAUCGUAACUAUGUCUCUCACGGGCUUCUUAUGCGAAUACGGUUUUGCCGGUGGUUGGCCAUCGGCUUUUUACGUUUAUGGAAUAUGUGGAUGUUUAUGGUUCAUGUUUUGGGCCACUCUAGUGCAUAAUUCACCAGAAGAUCACCCGAGAAUAUCCAAAAAGGAGUUAAUGUAUAUACAACAAAAUCUUCCACAGUUUUCGCAGAAAAAGAGUAGACCCAUUCCUUGGAAGAACAUCUUUAAAUCUAAAGCGGUAUGGGCUGUAACAAUUGCUAAAUUUUCUGGAACGUGGGGAUUUACAUCAUUAUUAACUAAAUUACCGGCAUAUUUAGCCGACGUACUCCACUUUCCUAUGCAGAAGAACGGUUUCACGAAUUCGCUAGUUUACGUAGCCGAAAUAUUGUGCAUGUUAGUUUCUGGUUACACAGCAGAUGCGCUUAGGAAGAGGAACAAUUUAAGCACUACAUGUAUAAGGAAGAUGUUCGAAUCCGUUGCUCUUUUGGGUCCCGCAUUCUGUCUGAUCGCGGUACCUAUCAUGGGUUGCGACAGUUCUUCCGUGGUAGUGCUUUUGGUUCUAUCUAUGGGUCUUUACGGAAUGGUAGGAGGAGGAGAUAUACCAGUUUUCGUCGAUAUCGCACCCGAAUUUGCGGGGACGAUUUUCGGUUUGGCUAACGGUCUGGCUGGUGCUACGGGUUUUCUAACACCUUUAGUUGCUGGAAUAUUCCUCGAUUCCGACCAUGGUGGUAUUCAACAAUGGAGCAAAGUCUUCUACAGUUCGGCAGCGAUAUAUGUCAUCGGAGCCGCCAUAUUUGUUAUCAUAGGGUCGGCAGAACCCGAAUCUUGGGCCGUAUCGGAACCACCCGCCCAAAUUAAAGUACCAUCGGCAACAGAUAAGAAGAAUUUGGAAAAAGUCGACGUGGAAAUUGCCGUCAAAUAAUUGUUAUCGGCCUUUAUUUUUAUUUUUAAAAAACGACGAAAAGUUUUGGACGGGUAUUUAUGAAGCGUUAAUGCUGUUUGUGUACAUAACGUGUGUAAGGUUAGUAUUUUAUAUCGUGUACUUUUUUAAAGAAAUCGUCGUUUAUAAACAUGAAUGAUGAUUAAAUUUCUACCUAAA